UUAGGCUACAUACAUUAUUUAUAGAGUCCAAAAAAACAAAGCAAAAGAAAAAAGUUUUUUUAAUCAUUCAAUUCAAUCAAACCUACUACUAUAAUCUUCCCAUUUUUUUUCCCCCUUUUCUUGUUCAAUCAUUCUCUACAAAAAAAGGCAUAUAUAUAUAUAUAUAUAUAAAUAUGGCAAAGAGUUUGUUCAAGCAAGAACAUGAUCUUGAGAAGAGACGCGCUGAAGCUUCUAGGAUUAGGGAAAAAUACACAGAUAGGAUUCCGGUAAUAGUAGAAAAGGCUGAAAGGAGUGAUAUUCCCAACAUUGACAAGAAAAAGUAUCUUGUCCCAGCUGACUUGACGGUAGGGCAGUUUGUGUAUGUCAUUCGAAAAAGGAUUAAAUUGAGUGCAGAAAAGGCAAUUUUCAUAUUCGUCGACAAUGUCCUACCACCAACAGGUGCAAUCAUGUCUUCCAUCUAUGACGAGAAGAAGGAUGAAGACGGUUUCCUUUAUGUUACCUACAGUGGAGAGAACACAUUUGGGGAACCUUAAUUUGGUGUAGCUUUCAUGGUAUUGACAGUGGAUCAUUUGCUUAAAGCUCUCAUUUUCAUCGUCCAUCGACAGUGAAAAUCACUUGCUGUUUCCAUCUUUAUAUAGGUUUUUAGUAAAUAACAAGAAGUUGUGUAUAGCUCAUACCUGUGUAUAGUUCAAGAAAACAAGUACUAAAAUCUUGUGGCAAGUGAUGUUAAUAAACAGUUGAAUUCAGUCUCAUUGAUAAUUGUGUUA